CCCAGACUUGCACUUGCACCUUCCCAUUUCCACCAUCACAUUGUUGCACUCCCCAUUUGCAGGCAGCAGACACAGACACCUUCAGGUCAACCUAUCGCAGUAGCUUAUCCCGUCUUACCUUAGGUUGAGUACCUACCUCAGCCCGCUGCAAGGACCUCCCGCAGCUGGCACAUCUCUGCUAGCGCAGUCUGCUCCGCCUCAAAUGCCUGCGUCUGUAAUCGCCGAGAACCGCAGGUCAGCAUGGUGGUCUUGAACUUCACCUUGAGCGAGGAGGGCGUCGCAGUCCUCCACGAUGCGCUCGCCUGCAUGUUCAAGUUCAGCGACGACGUCUGCCUGGAGGCGAGAAAGGACAAGUUGACCUUGACUACUCUCAACAUCUCCAAGUCCGCCUAUGUGUGCUUCUCCUUUGCCGCCAAUAGGUUCUUCUCGCGGUACAACUUCGAAGGCACUCCCCAGUACCGGGAACGCUUCUUCUGCCAGCUCUACAUCCGUUCUCUCCUCACCAUUUUUAGAGCUCGUCAAGCGGGUGGCGACCAGUCUCGAGAAAGGGAUGCGUCGAUAGACCGCUGUGAGGUGGCAAUUGAUGAUGGCCUUGGCAAGAAGAGCCGCCUCGUUGCGCGCGUAUCCUUCAGAAAUGGCAUCACGGCCUCGCACUCGCUGCCAUACGAGGUGAAGCCGCCGACCCACGCCAAGUUCAACAGGGACGAGGCGGGGAACCACUGGGCGAUCUCGUCCCGGACGCUUCGGCAGCUCAUGGACCACUUCGGCCCAGGGAUAGAGCUCCUCGAUAUCAACACGGACGACGAGGCUCGGGUCGUGAACUUUACCUGCUUCACCGAGAAAGUACAGAAGCGCGGUGCUGUCAGCAACGAAGCUGUCCUCAAAAAGCCUCUCCACACUAACAUUGCGGUCGAGAUGGAUGAGUUUGACGAUGUCGAGGUCCAAGACAAGCUUCACAUCAUCAUCAGCGUCAAGGACUUCCGCGCCAUUCUGCAGCACGCCCAGAUGACCAGCGGUGCGCUGACCACCUGCUACUCGAAUCCUGGACGCCCCAUGAAGCUAUCCUACGGCACUGACGGCGUCUUAUAUGAGUUCAUCCUCAUGACGGUCGGCGAGAAGGACGCAAUGACGCAGAAGCACAAGAAUCCCCGGGCAAACGCUGCAAAAGCUGCUGGACCCGAGCUUGACUCGGCGUCGCACCGGGCCAGCUCGGCGGCGAACGAGAACCCGCAAGGCCCGCCCGCUUCUGCAUCCCAUCCCCCGCAGCAGCAGCAGAAGACGCCGACGCGGCCACGGCAGCCUGCGUUCGAGAUCCGGCCACAGCCGAUGCCACCGCCCAUGACGGCUCGAUCCGAACCACUGUUUGUGAACCAGGCCGAAGAUGACGAGCAGUGGGAGCCCGUCAACCCGGAUGAGGACGAGGAGGAAGAAGAGGAUGCCAGGUUGGAGUGGAAUGCGACCGAUGAGCCGGUAGGGCGGACGUUGUCCUUUUUCUUUUCGGGAAAGACCGCUAACGCGGAGACAGAAUCCGUCGUCAAUACGCAUCGGCAGCUAUUUGUCGAGACAGGCUGAAGCUCAAAAUCCGCCUCCGGACCGCCUCGCUUCCGGUCUUGAGCCGACCCAGCGGUUGUCCGAUGUUCGCCGUUUCGGUCUGUUCUCUCCUUGACUCGGGCA